UGUUAAUCCAUUAUACAAUGAAAGGACUUUGUUAACACAAAUAUCACGUGACAAUAACACAAACUCAGAUAUAAUUGUGGAUUUGGAUGGCCAGCUGAGUAAAUAUAAACUUAUAAGUAAAGAACAGUUUAUAAAUGGCCAACUUGCUUCCAAAGAGUGAUAUAUUUUGCGGACCAUGCGAAUCUCAAAAUUUAACAAACGUAGCAGAGCUUUGGUGUCCUAAUUGUAAUGAAGGCCUAUGUUCAAAAUGUAUGGAGUAUCAUAAGGUUUCAAAAGCAUCCCGUAUGCACAAAACUAUAACAAUAGAAAAUUUAACGGCUCUUCCAGAAUUUGUUCGCAACAUUGAUCAUGUUUGUACGUCUCACGGUAAUGUCCUUGAACUGUAUUGCAGUGUCCAUGAGAAGGUAUGUUGUAUAGAUUGCGUAAGUACCGAGCAUUCCGAAUGUCCUGGUAUCACUUCAUUGGCUAAAGUAGUUCGAGGGGUGAAGGAAUCGGAAUUUUACCAUAGCGUUGUGAGCCAUAUCGAAGAGAUUACAGAGUUUGGCAUAAAACUUCAAAACAAUCGUUAUGAAAAUUUAGCCAGGCUUCAGCAAGAGAAAGACUUUCUGUUUGAAAAAGUCAAAUUAAAAUGUACAGAAGUAACAACACACUUUGAUGGAUUAGAAAAACAUCUGAAACAGCAGAUAGCCUCAACCAUAGCUCAACAAUCUGAACACAUUUAUGAAGUUAUUUCGCGUCUUCAAAAAAAAGAAAGUGCACUGAAAGAAUAUCAAAAACAAAUUUCAACUAUCAAAGAAAAUGCCACUGAUCUUCAAGUGUUCUGGGGACUAACAAAGAUAGAAAGUAAUGUCGCGGGUGAGGAAGCAAACUUUGAAUGUCUGACAGAAGAAUCUGUUAUGAAGGAGGCCAGUGUUAAAAUGAGGUUUACUCAAAAAUUCGAACGACUUAUAAAUAGUAUGAAACGUAUGGGAAAUAUAGAAAUUAACAUAAAAAAUUCAGACAUACAUUUUUCCAGAACAAAAUCUCAAAUCGCAAAAAAACUAUUAGAUAUUCAACCAGGUAUAGAAAAUAUCAAACUUACUUUUGUAACAAAAUUCCAGCUUCCAUUUGAUGUCGAUAUCAAUAUUUGUUGUUGUGCAAUACUGCCAGAUGAACGAGUAGUCAUGGCAAACAACAACUCAAGCGCUGACAGAGGAGGUAUGCAUAUUUUAAGUGAAAAUGGAGAGUAUCAGUUCCGGGUUGUAUGUUCUUCUUCUCCAUUUGGGCUUGCAGUCAUAAAUAAGUCAGAUAUUGCAGUAUCGUUUUAUAAAGAACGAUCUAUUAAAAUAUACGAUUUAGAAAAUUUCAAUGUCAAGCACGUGCUGUUAGAAGGUCACUAUUUCUUUGGAUUAUCCGUCGAAUCAGGUUGUUUGGUUUCUGCUGUUAGAGAUGUAGGUAUUUACUUCAUUAGCUGUACCUCUGGAAAGAUUUUGAAAACUAUCCCAUGCGAUACGAAAAAUUUAACAUAUGUGCAUUUAAUGGGAGAGAAUGCAUUUGUUUCCGAUUAUGAAAAGAACAUUCUUUAUUGUCGAAAUAGGGAUGGAGAGACAGUAUGGAAAUAUUCGUCCGAUGCCAUGAAGGGACCGAGAAACAUGUGCACAGAUACUGUUGGAAACAUAUUCGUUGCCACCUUCGAGUCACACAGCAUAAUUGCAAUAUCUCCUGAUGGAAAGACUUACAAAAAGCUACUGGGAUUCGAAGACGGCUUCAAAUUUCCAAAAGCUCUAUACUUUAGUGCAAAUACAUCUUCAUUAGUAGUUGUUUCUCAAUUGGGAUCUGCACGUAAAUAUCGCCUUUCUUAUGCUUAGAAUGUAUUGGAUUGGUUGUUUCGUGUGCGACUCAGCAGUGUUGGAUAGUGAAGAAUUGACCAAAUAAAUUUCAUAAUAAAAACUGUUGAAAGAAGUCUCAUAAUCAAAACUGUUCUUUAAAUUGUACUAAAACGGAUACUAGAUGAAAAUGAAGUGUUUAUAAA